AUGUCCUUCUCAGACAAGUUGGCAAGAAAACAAUCAAGACAAGAGGCUUUGGAUAAGUUCCACAAUGUUGCAAAGAAGUCUAUCAUCAAAGUUCCAAUCAUUGUUUCAAUUAGAGUGAUCAAGACAACAUUCAAUACUCCAACAAACUUCCAUCUAUGGAUCAAUGUAGAGGGAUCUCUUACAUCUGCUCAAUCAUCUGAGUCUAGGACAAACAGCUUCUUAGCCUAUUGGGAUGAGGACCCUUCAUUUCAAUUCAUGUUGGAUGAGGUAUCAUCAAAGGGAUUGACAUUGGAUAUCAAGGUUAUCAAUGAUAAGUCUCUUAAGAUACUCUGCGAUAGUUUGAGAACAUGUGCAUCACUAAACUAUGAUAUACAAGCUGGAUUGAUUGGAGAUGGAAUGGAGAGUAGUAGUACCAAGAUGGUUAAACCAUUCUUUGACUUUGACAACAAGGAAGUUGGACAAAUUGAGUUUGAGUUGAACAUCAAUCCCAUACCUCACUUUGGUCUAAAGUAUUGGAAGAGACUGCCCGUCAUGGAUCCAGAUACCAAGAUACCAGAGAUAGCAAUGCCAAGCCCAAGCUUUGUACAUCAUGAUGAGUUCAAUGAGAUGAUAGUAGCCUUUGUAAUUGUAUAUUGGUUGUUGCGAGGUGAGAAGCAUGCAUGGGAUAUGCUACCGCCAAACGUACAGACUCGAACAGAUGCAUCGAUAACGGACUCCUUCUUUGUGUAUCGUAGACUGAAUGGCUGCAAUCGACCUUAUAACAUAUUCACAAAGGUCUCUGGACAUCCAUGGGACUACGAGCUACGUCUAAGCUUCACUGGCUGCGAGAAGAAGAAGGAUGUGUGGAUGCCCGACAAGACCUGUUGCAACUUCAAACUGAUCGAUGACGAGUUGGUCAUUGUCAACAUCCAAUACCAAAUGGAGCCUGAUGGAGAAGUCUUCACCCAAGUGGCCGAUGGCAGCGAUGAGUGGAACCUAUUCAAGAUCAAGUACAUGAUGAUCGAGUUCAACUAUAACAUCACUUGGGCACAUGUUGGCGUACACUUCAUCGUUGAGAUGUACUCGAUGGCCUUUUACAGGAACAUUGUAAAGAACCCUAUUCAACAGCUGCUCUGGCCUCACUUUGAUGGAGUGAUAUUUAACAAUUGGCUGGUAGUCAGACCGAUGUAUAAUGGCGUUGUCACGAUGGCAGCGGCUCUGACAUACGAGGGCCAGGUCAAGAUGCUUGAGGACAAGUUCAAAGACGUCACAUAUCGAUGGAAGCCCGAAUCACUGCCCGAAAACAUCAAGAACAACACCUAUGAUACGGCCAACAACGCAUGCUGGCAGUUGAUCAGCGAGUAUGUCGAUGAAUUCUUUGCCGUACACAGCGCCAAGAUCCAGGAACACUGGGACGAGAUUGAGAAUGUGUCCAGAGAUCUGGUGGCGCACCAGCUCAACGACGAUCCCAACGCCAACGCCAUUAACAACAUGCAGGACCUGCGCGACUGCUGCGUGUACAUCAUCUACCAGGCAGUAUUCCAACAUGCCUGGAUCCAUUGGAAGGCCUGGGACGAUGAGGCUCAAGCUGUCAUGUUCAACAAGGACGGCGAGACACCACUCAAGGACAUCCUCUACGAGCAGAAUCUAGGCAAUGCGAUUGAAGCAGGUGUACAAUAUCCCUCGGCCUACGUGCGUCACUAUCCAAUCCUGGAUCACGAGUUUGGCGGUCCAGAAGGACUUCAACGAAGACUCUGGGAGCAUGCACACAAGAUCAAUCCGGGAAUAUCAGUUGGAUCACUUGUCAUGAGUCCGAACAUCUAA